AUGAGUGUUGAAUGGUCAUCAUCUCCAACAAUCCUCUCAACACCACUUUCCCCUGUCGUCGCAACAACAACAACUCCGAAUCUCACCCGAAAGAAAUCCAUCUCCUCUAAGGUCGUGAAUUCACGACGUUGUUUAUCAUGUCCUCAAUUUCCCACAUCCAGUACCUCUCGAAAACGAGUAAAAUUGCUUGUGGAGGAGCCUGAAAAGCAUCAUUAUCAUGAUAACGACAACACGAAUCGAUUCUCAACCACGACGACCAUGGUCACUCCAACCAACACUGUUGAUGAUGACGACGAAGAAAAAGAAGAAUUGAGUACAUGCUGUGGUUACUGCUGUCACUCAUCGUCAUCUCCUUAUCAUCACCAAGAAAUGUUCUGCAACACAACCAACACCUCUCCAAACAGAUUUCAUCGAAAUUGUAUGAAUCAUGACGACGCACGGGUCGACUUGUCACCUGCUCCCAUUGCUGCCACUUCUCAGAAUUUGACAUGCAGCAGAGUGUCAAAUAAUCAACAACAAGAAUUAUUGUCGAACAACACUUGUUCAUGCAAGGAUCCUGCACUUUCUAAUGAUUCACCUCUUCAUGAAUUUCCACCAACCAUUGAAACAUUUUCUCGACGUCGUGCUACUACUGGCAAUGUGAAUCAUCAUUCUCGUGUCAUUACAAGUUCUGUUCGUGGUGGUCUUGGUGGUGAUGACAGUGGUGAUGAUAUUGAUGUUGGUUGUAGCAGCAGUUCUCCAUCACAAGAAGAGCAUUGUAUCCAAGUCAUGUCAUCUCCCCUCAAUGACAUGAUGAAUGCCGCAUCCGAAGAAGAAUUUUGUUCGAGAAUGAUGAUGUUGGAUCAAGACAAUCACCAUCCAGAAUUGUUGCAUUCUAUCAAGAAGGAAUACAAUGCUCUUGUGAUGGAUGAAAUGGUUUCGAGUGGAGCUGUUUCCAACAUGAUGAUGAUGGAUGAAGAAACUUUUGAAAGUAAUUUAUAUAGUGCCAUUGAGAGAUUAGAAAAGAAAUUGGAAAAGAUUGAAAAAUUGGAACAAUUGACUACUCAACAACCCAUUCGUUACACAAAUCUCAAACGUAAAUUUAUAAGCAUGUUUGAAUUGGGAUUGAGUUUGAGAUAUUGUCACAGCAGUCCUUCUUUAACUGCCUUUUCUUGUUCAAAUACUACGAGUUGCAACACACCUUCAAUGGUGUCGUCACCUUGGGGGUCACGAGUUCAAACUACUCUCACUCCCGAAAUUGGUUCAUCCUCCAUGUCCUCCUCUUGUUCUGAACUCACUCCUCAUUUGACAAGUCCAGUUGAGUCCAUCAAAGACAAACAUCGAAGAAAGGUGCAAUCGUAUUUGACUCAAUCACCUGACAAGUUUGGAGCUUUUCUGACACGAAAAGCCCUCAAAUAUUACUACAAGUUGAAUCAACAGGCAAGAUACUUGAUACCACAAACUAAGGAUACUCAUUUUGAUGCAACUAAAAUAACCAAUCAAUUGUGGUUAGGAGACAUUGAUGAUGCAUUCAACGAUCAGGGAUUGAAAGAACACAAUAUUUCACACAUUGUGACAUGUGUCAAAUCUUUGGAACCCAUCUAUCCAGAGAAGGGUUAUCAAUAUUUGAAUUUACAUCUCUAUGACGAGGAAGACGAGAACAUUGUGGAAAUGUUUGGAGUUUCCUUCGACUUUAUUGAUCAUGCCAUCACCUCAGGCCACAACGUUUUGGUACAUUGCAUGAAAGGAAAAUCUCGUUCUGCUUCCAUUCUCAUUGCCUAUUUGAUGAAGAAGAACUCAUGGACCUUUGAGUAUGCUCUGAAUUUUGUGAAAUCGAAGAGAACCAUUGUACAACCUAAUUGUGGCUUUGAGAGGCAACUCUUACAAUUGCAGGAUGAAAUUUUCCAAAACUCAGUUGAUCAUGGUACUCCCACCAUGGAAGAGAAUGACACUUCUUUUUCAGCUCUUGCAACUUCUCAUUAA